AACGACUCAUCAUACUCCACUCCAGGGGCAUCAGGCUGAGACAGGCUUAAACUCUUAGUCCAUCCUGAAGUUGGUAUCAAGAUGCCCACCACCACAAGAAUCAUUUCUGAAACCCAGAAGUCAGACAAAGGGAAGAGGUCCAAAUCUGGCAACCCACCUGUAGAGAAAACACCUCCCUAUGAACCAAAUAUCCCUGAACCCAAAUGCAGAGCUGAUCUCAUCAAACACUGGAUCAACCUUUCACUUGAUGACAAGACAGCCAAUAAGAUGCUAUGGAUCACAGAAGGUGGUGCUAAGGUGGCUCGUAUGACUGAUGAAGUCACUUGUCCAGUCUUGGAUAGACCAGAGAGAUAUGAGUAUGCUCCACAGGUUCUCUGCAAAGAGGGAAUCCUGGGCUUCCGAGGAUACUGGGAGGUGGAGUUUUCAGGCUGGGUCGUGGUUGGAGUUGCGUACGAACGAGCAGGAAGGAGGAACUGUGAUGGAGCCUGCGGAUUCGGAGAGAACGAGGAAUCCUGGGGCUGCGGGUGGAGUGGUUCCAGCUAUCAUGGCUGGCACAAUAGCAAGAGUACAGAGAUCAGUGAUGUUCCUAAAUGCUCUAUAAUUGGUGUAUACCUUGACCAGCCUGCUGGUAUUCUCAAUUUCUAUGCAGUGGAGAAGGUAAAGGAGGGAGAGGAGGACACAGGAACGAAGGAGGUUAGACUUUUGCAGCAGUUUAAAAGCAGCUUCACUGAGAAAAUGUUAGCAGGUUUCUGGGUGGGGACACAGUCUCACUGUUUGAUUAUGAAGAAUGAGGAAUAACGGACUGAAAAAACACUAUACCCAAAAGUGCCUAAGAAUUAUUUUAGUAUUAUCAAAGGUAUCGUCAUGGCAAAUUCAAACAUAAAAAUCAUUGGACACAAAAAUGAUCAUGAUAUUAUUCAUCAUCCAGGUCAAAAAUCAAGUGCCCAUUUAUUGUAUGAAUAACAUUAUCGUACAUUGAUGUAUUUAUAUUUAUUUUCCUUACUAUUUUCAGAUAUAUCGUACAUAGACUUUCAAUAAAGGGAACAAAGUGCAAUAAAGUAGGAAUUCAGCAGUGAUUUACCUUUGACCUUCCAGUUUUUUGGACUUUCCUGGAAAUCCCCGGACCACUCAAGAUAUAUACUGAUAUAUUUAUGUUUUUACUGAAUAUUUAUUCCUCUUUUGUUUUUGU